CAGCUGGCAGCUGGGCGGGCGGGCGGCCGGAGGGGGAGAGGGCGCGCGCAGGAGCAGGACUUGUCCUUUGACAUCACCUGGACAGAAGAAGCUAAGUCCUGCACUGUUGAACCUGCUGCCAUGGGGAACAUUUUUGGCAACCUGCUGAAGAGCCUGAUUGGCAAGAAGGAAAUGCGCAUCCUUAUGGUUGGGCUGGAUGCUGCUGGAAAGACCACCAUCCUCUACAAGCUCAAGCUGGGAGAGAUUGUUACUACCAUCCCUACCAUUGGAUUCAAUGUAGAGACAGUUGAGUACAAGAACAUCAGCUUCACUGUGUGGGAUGUUGGUGGCCAAGACAAGAUACGGCCCCUGUGGCGGCACUACUUCCAGAACACCCAGGGUUUGAUCUUUGUGGUGGAUAGCAAUGAUCGGGAGCGAGUGAAUGAGGCACGUGAGGAGCUGAUGAGGAUGCUGGCGGAGGAUGAACUGCGUGAUGCUGUUCUUCUUGUCUUUGCUAACAAGCAGGACCUCCCCAAUGCCAUGAAUGCGGCAGAAAUCACGGACAAGCUGGGCCUGCACUCACUGCGCCACCGCAACUGGUACAUCCAGGCCACCUGCGCCACCAGUGGCGAUGGCCUCUACGAGGGCUUGGAUUGGCUGGCCAACCAGCUGAAGAACAAGAAAUGAGUGCAGGAGGGGGCAGGGCUAAGCCCCUGGCUGUGGGUUCCAUUUUGGGUUGAUCCCCCCAUUCCUUCCUGCUCUCCCCAGUCCUCCCCUCCCUUCCCUUUCCCCUGUUGGGUUUGCUUUUCCUCGCCGGCACCGGUUGCUGUGGGGGUGGGGGUGGGGGCAGGGUGGGGUGAACUUUUGGUUUCCUUCUUCUUCUCUCUCUCUCUCUCUCUCAAUCUCUCUCUUGCUCUCUCUUUUUCUCUUAUUUUCUCAUGUCUUGGCUCUGCCAGGAAUUUUUUUGCACGGUCUCUGUGUGUGCGCGUGCGUGUGUGAUAAAUAUAUAUAUAGAGAUAAUAAAAUAUAUGGGUGUGGUGGGAGGGUUUGGGGCAAGUGGAGGUUGGACACCAAUUCUGUGGCCUUUCUUUUUUUUCUCUCUCUCCUUGUUUUCUUUUCCCCUUAUUUCCCUUUCCUUUCUCUAUUUUUGUUGGUCAGUUUUGUAUUCUCUUGGUAGUCUGUGAAACUUGGCACGCUCUUUGACUGGAGGUGACCUGUACUCAGUGGCAGCUGCUUUACUUGCUUUCUUUAGUGUGCUGUUAGUGCAGAGUGGAGGCUGGCAGCAGGAACCGUGGGCAGCCCCGUUUGUGCACUGGGGAGGCAGAGGUAAUAAUUGCAAAAGGGGGAUUCACAGAAAUGGGGCCACAGGCCUUUUUCUCCUUCUUGAUGGGGAGACAUUGGAAUAUGAGGGACCCAGGGAGUUCCACUUAAUUAUAUCAACCACCUCCUAGUUAGGUAUUUCUUUCUUGCCUUGUGUUUGCGUUUGGCAGUGGCCCCUGCUGACAAGAAUGAGAUUGCAGCAAUACUGAGCAUUCUUUUAAAAAACAUUUCUUGUCUCCCCCUUUAUUGCCCCAUUAACAACAUCAUUAGUGACGCAUGUUAGCAACUCUUGGUGCUGCUGAUGAACUGAAUCGCUUGCAUUCCAACCUCUCUGGCUGUGUGGCAUGGCACCUGGGGCCCUCUGUGGUUUGCCUGUCCUCAGCCCCAUGGAUCUCUUCAGUUCUUUCCAUUCCCUAUUCCAGAGAAUUGGACCAGCAUUCAUUGGGCAUGGGCAUGGGCUGCUGAAAAGGUUUGGGACCAAUGCUGUCAACAGCUCUGUACAAAAUCCUUCCCUGCUUUCCCUGCUGUUUCCCUUCAUGGGACAGGCAUGGCAGCACCCUGGCUACCAACUUGUUCUGCCAUCCCUCUGGAGGCUUCACAAGGGCAUUCCCUCCCCCCAUUGCUGCCUGUACCACAUGUGUCAUUGCAUCAGAUAGGUGACUUUUCCCUCAUUCUCUCCUGCCCAGAGGUAUAACUCUGGUUCUUGAAAAAGUUGUUUUCCAUGCUGGGGAAAGUGGAAGAAUCUUUUUUCCUCUCCCCCCCUCCCCUUUUAAUUUUUUUUUUGGGGGGGAGGGAGGGUAAUGAUUGUAUUAGGGUCAGACCCAGUUCACUGCAUGUAACCUUCUGGCCACUCCCUGCCUCUGGACAGUGUUGGUACUGCGUGUUCCCCUUCCCCAUUCUGGCAAAUAUGUAUUGACUUCUUUCUCUUCCCACCGCCUACCUCCCUCUCCUACCCGUCUCCCCCCCCCCAAAUCUUCUGUUCCCUUUGCUUGGUGUAAAGUGGUUUACCAUCCCCUUUUGGAUUUUGUUCAUUCUCAGGGCCAUGGCUCCCUAUACGUGUUUUUCUUGGGCCCCCCUGAACAGUUGGAUGCACCAUGACCUCUGUGCACCCUCAUUGGAUAUUAAACUUGUUUAUGUA